AUGCCUCGAGGUUUACAAUUGGGUUUAUUUUUGUUGUUUUUUUGUGUUAAUUUGGAGUUAGUGAAUGGGUGUGAACUGGGUCAAUACUUUGAAGAUAGAAUUUGUAAAGGGUGUUUGCGUGGCUAUUAUUGCCCAGAUGGUAUAUUAAUGUAUCCGUGUCUUCCAGGUACACAUUCUGAUUAUAAUGCGAUUGAAUGUACUCCAUGUCAAGACGGUUACUACUCAACAACAACACUGGUAACCGAUUGUUUGCCUUGUCCAAGUGGCACUUAUUCUUACGGAGAAAAUAAAUCCAGUUGUACACCAUGUCCAGAGGGUACUUAUUCUGUUGGGGGUUCGGGGACGUGCACACAAUGUACAAAUGAAGCGUGUGCAAAUUGUGAUGCACAAACGGGUGAGUGCACUUCGUGCCAGCCAGGAUAUAAAUAUAUUGUUAGUAUGUUGACACCCGCCGAAUGUGAACAAUGUGAAGCUGGUUAUUAUUCAACGGGAGGUAAAUAUUUAUGUUCUAAAUGUCCAUCACUAACAUAUUCUGUAAUGGGUUCAUCUCAAUGUAUACCAUGUCGUAAUGAAUGUAAGUUGUGUGAUCAAACAAAUGGAAAAUGCACUUCAUGUUAUACCGGAAGUUAUCUUGAAAGUGGGGAGUGUAUUCAUUGUUUAGCAGGGACUUAUUUCAGUGGCAGUUCAUGUGUAUCUUGUAAAGAAGGUUAUUACUCUUUUGAGAAUAGUACACAGUGUUCACCUUGUAAUUCCACUUGUUUAAAUUGCGACAAAAUUAAUGGUAAAUGCACUUUGUGUAAUGAAGGACAAAUUCUUCAAGAAGGAAACUGUGUAAUAUGCCAAGAAGGAACUUACCACAACAAAGCAAGUAAUCGUUGUGUUGAUUGUCCAAUUGGUACAUUUUCAUCAACAAAAGGAGAAACUACAUGUACAAUAUGUGGAGAAGGAAAAUACACUUCAAAUUCCGGAUCGACGAUAUGUUACGAUUGUGAUAUUUCAUGUAUUACAUGUUAUGCAAUAACAGGUCAUUGUACGUCAUGUAAAAGUGGACAAAUCAUUCAGUCGAGUAAAUGUGUUUCAUGUGAAGCGGGGACAAUGGCAAACCAAACAACCAACACCUGUGAAUAUUGUCCGGCCGGCACUUAUUCAAAUUCGGCUUCUUCUGAAUGUAUUCCAUGUGAAGAACAUACAUAUUCAUUAAUUAAUUCAUCAAAAUGUUAUGAGUGUGGUUCAAGUUGUGAAAAAUGCGAGAAAACAAAUGGAAACUGUUUAGAAUGUAAAUAUGGAAUGUGGUUAAAUUUAAAUGGGAAUUGUCUUUUUUGUUCUCCAGGAACAUAUGCAGUUGAUUCAAAAUGUGAAACGUGUGCAGAUAUGACCUUUCAAAAUGUAUCAGGACAAGUCAGUUGUAUUCAAUGUGAUAGUUCAUGUUUUUCUUGUGUUAAAACGACUGGUAAGUGUAUUUUAUGUAAAGCUGGAUAUGAACUCACAACAGACGGUAAAUGUAUAAUAUGCAAAGAAGGUACUUAUUCAGUUUCAACAAAUUCAACGUGUUCUAAAUGUCCCGAAAAAUGUGAUAAAUGUAUUAAAGAAACCGGUGUAUGUACGAGUUGUAUUUCAGGAUUUAAGGAAAUUGCACACAAUGUCAUUAAAGAAUGUGUACAGUGCUCUUCCAAUGGUAAUUGUUUAACGUGUGAUACGAAUGAAGUGGAAUCUUUAAAAGUCUGUGUUGAGUGUAUAAAUGGUUAUUAUUUAGAGAACAAUACGUGCAAUUUGUGUUCAAAUAUCACAAAUUGCGAAAAGUGUUCAACAACACAGAAAGAGUGUUUAAUGUGUUCCAACGACUUAGUUACAAUUGUCAAUGAAUGUGCUUUUUGUGAAGAAGGUAAAGUCAAAAUUGAUUAUAAAACGUGUAUAGAGUGUUAUAAAAAGAUAAGCAACUGUCAAACAUGUGCAUAUAACAAUGGAAAUCAAAUUUGCAUUAAAUGCUUUUCUCCUUAUGUAGUUGAAAAUAAUUUAUGUGUUUUGGCGUAUUCAAAAACAACUCAUUUUAAUGUUGAAAAUAGAACAAAGGAAGACAAUCUCAAAGGUUGUCUUGCUCAAGUAAAUUCCUCUUGUUAUUUGUGUAAUGAAAAUAACACUUUAAACAACAAUAAAUGUGUUGAAAGAGACGGGAAUUGUUUGGCUUAUUCGAUAAAAAGUUGUGAUAUGUGUCUUAAUAUGGUCAUGACAACAAAUGGAAAUUGUUCUAUAAAGUCUGAAUGUAAAUACCAAUUUACUCAAAAUGAAAUAACAUCUUGUCUUAUUUAUUCUAAUACUACCGAGUUGGGACUUCCCGUUCAAAAUUGUAAAUACACUCAAAACGAGUUUUGUUAUUUAGCCGAUGACAAUUACUACACAACAGUAGAUAGAAAAGGACAAACUCAGAGUUGUACAAACUCGAGAAUAUGUCAAAAUAUAUUUGAAACGUUGUAUGAUUUUUCAUGUGAAUUUAAUUUUGUUUUAGACUUGAGUUCAACAUGUUUUAAAGAUGAAAAUUGUUUGGUAAUGGAAGCGAGUAAUUGUGUUUUAUGUUUGUCGAACUAUCACAUCGAAAAUGGAAUCUGUGUAACAAACAAAGAAAAUUGUUUAAAACAAAACAAAGAAAGAUGUUUAUCUUGUAAAAACACACUGUUAGUUGAUGAAAAUUGUUUACCUUCCAAUUCAAUUGAAUGCCAAGAGUUUAAAAAUAAUCAAUGUCAUACUUGCGAAGAUAAUUAUUAUAAAAACGUUCAUGGUUGUGUUAAAAAAGAAGGGAAAUACGAAAACUGUGAUUAUAUUAGUGUUGUAAAGGACUCUUGUAUACAAUGUAAUACUUCAUAUUUACUUGUUAAUGACAACUGUGAAUUGGAAAAUGUUCAAAAUAAGACAAUCGCAAGUUUACAUUUAAUAUAUAAAAAUACUGAAUUUAAUGAUAAUUGUAUUGAUAGAAGUCCAGCGGGAUGUCAUAGAUGUUCAGAUGGGUUUUAUAUCUCAAACAUGAAAUGCAUAAAAUGUGAAUAUCCAUGCACGUCUUGUUAUAAUUUGACGUAUUGCACCAAAUGUGACAAAUACUCAUACUCCAAAAACGGGAUUUGUAUACAAAUAAAUGAUUUAAUUGGUGUUUGUGAAAUAUUGAUGUCAACGCAUGACGGGUGUAUUGUAUGUAAAGAUGGAUAUAUGCGAUCACCUGAUGGUAAACAAUGUGAAAAAUGUGACGAGUCUUGUUUGACGUGUUAUAAUGAAGGAAGUUGUAUAACAUGUAAUGAAACGUAUUACAGAACACCAAAUAAUGUUACUAAAUAUUGUAAUCCACAAGAUGAAUUAACAAAUUGUUUAAAUAAGACAAUUGAUGGAUGUGUUCU